AUGCCACCUGCUAGAAGCUUACGGCAACGUGCCGUUAAUAAUGAAAAUGACGAAAACGCCGUUUCGACGCGCCUUACCAGGGCGAAAGCUGCUGCGUUGGCUGGCCCAGAAGGGCAAGUGAAUAUCUCGGCUUCAACGAAGGCCUUGCAAUCAAAAUCAAAUGCACUUACUGCUGCAACUACCGGGGCCCAGCGAAAGCGCGCGGCACUUGGCGAUGUUAGCAAUGUCACCAAAACAGAAACCGUUGACGUGAAGGAAUCGAAAGAAGUGAAAAAGGCAACUGGCAGCCGUGCUGCCUUGACAUCCAAAGCUUCCACACAGACUGGUGGAAUUCAAAAAAUCACGCGUAAUAACACUUCUCGGUCUGCUCUUGGCGCCAGAGACGUGAAUAAACGUGAAGCUGAAGCAAAACGGCCUGCAAGCGGCUCUGGGGUGAUGGGUGGAACUCAGCUGAAGCGGCCGCAAAGCCAAAAAACUCUUACUGAAAGCGAGAGUAACUCAACGACAGAAGAGCCACCGCGGAAAAAGGUCGACAGUGGCAAGAAGACGACGAUAUUCAAAGAAUGUGUUAAGGCCGGGGCUGAAUCCGCGGAUGAGGCAGAAGAAGCAUUAGACGAUGAUGAACAAGAGCUAGAACAGAUCGUGGACCUUGAUGCAGAAGAUGCCUUUGACCCCUUGAUGGUGUCUGAAUACGUUGUCGAAAUUUUCGACUACCUCCGAGACAUUGAGCCUCACACCAUGCCAUGCCCUGACUACAUUGAUUAUCAGGAAGAAUUAGAAUGGAAAAUGCGUGGCAUCUUAGUCGACUGGCUCAUUGAAGUUCAUACUCGCUUCCGACUUCUACCUGAAACCCUCUUCCUUACUGUCAACAUCAUCGACCGCUUCUUGUCUAUCGAUAUGGUUGCUCUAGAUCGCUUGCAGCUUGUUGGUGUUGCCGCGAUGUUCAUCGCUGCUAAAUAUGAAGAAGUGCUCUCGCCUCAUGUCGCAACUUUCAGCCACGUCGCCGAUGAUACCUUUUCAGACAAGGAAAUCCUUGAUGCCGAACGCCACAUUCUUGCUACAUUGAACUACGAUAUUAGCUAUCCCAACCCAAUGAAUUUCCUACGACGCAUUUCUAAAGCAGACAACUAUGAUGUCCAAACUCGAACAUUUGGCAAAUUCUUGAUGGAGAUAAGCCUGCUUGAUCAUCGAUUUAUGGGUUACCGCCAGAGCCACAUCGCUGCUGCCGCCAUGUACUUUGCCCGUUUAAUACUUGAGCGCGGCCCAUGGGAUUCCACGAUCUCAUACUAUGCUGGCUAUACAAAAGAAGAAAUUCUUCCUGUCUUCCAUCUCAUGGUUGACUACCUUUACCGUCCUGUCGCCCAUGAAGCAUUCCAUAAAAAAUACGCGAGCAAGCGAUUUUUGAAAGCUUCACUCCACGCUCGUCAUUGGGCCAAGAAAUACCGGGCUUUGUAUCUUCGCAAAGAUGACACCCGCCAACAGGAGCGCCAGCAAGAGCGUUCUCAGGAAUCCAGUUGA